AUGCAGACCCGUUACGUCAAUGCUUUCUUGAAAGACGUGUUCAACUGCAUCACUGAGGAUAUCGCGACUGGUUCCGGGUUGCUGUCCUGUCAAAUCACGAAGCAUGGCAUGCUCCACCUCCUUCUGCGCAAGCAUGGCAUCGCCCCCGCGGACAUGAUCGAACCGCAGUCACUGAGUAUGGUAAUGCGCCGCCUUCGUGCCGCUGCCCAGGAGCUCGAAAACAACGACAUCGGACAAACAAAGAACAGUUGUAUCAAGGAGAAAUCUGCUCGGCGGGCAAAAAGAGGCGAGCCAUGCGACUACUGCUGGCAUGACUUCACCAUGGAGUUCACGGCUAUCAUCGGGAAACACAACUUUGCGUUGCCUGGGUUUUGCUUGCUUUGCUUCAGGGCCGGCAAGCCUCACUUCCUGGUCGAGCCUGGCGACCGUCACGAAUGCAACAACGCAAAUGCCUGGAACGACAGUACCGGGGCUUAG